GUACAGUCCUACUAUAUAUAUAUAGAGAGAGAAAACACAAAUACUCACCAAACCAAACCCAUUAAACCUACACACUCUCUGUUACAGUGAAAGUGUGAGAAAAACCCGUGUCUCUCUCUCGGGUUCGCAACGAGGAGACAACACCGGAGCUCUCCGAUCUUCCAGAACAUUCUAGAGUGGCAACGGGAUUCAUUCUUCGCUUCAAACUUUAAACACCCAAACACUAACCCAUCUCCAUGGACUUGUACGGUCGGAGCCCUGCCAGAAAUGGACCCAACCCGGUGAACCAACCCGAAUGGAGCUCACCGGGCACCGACACUGCUCUCGAAGAAUCGAUGUGGCAUUUGACGCUGGGUGGUGGCGAAUCUUACCCGGAGCGAUCCGGCGUGCCGAAUUGUGUGUAUUACAUGCGAACUGGUGUGUGUGGAUAUGGUGGCAGGUGUCGUUACAAUCACCCUCGUGAUCGUGCUGCGGUUGCUGCAGCAGUAAGAGCUACAGGGGACUACCCAGAACGGGUGGGGGAACCUCCGUGUCAGUAUUAUUUAAAAACUGGAACCUGUAAAUUUGGUGCAUCCUGUAAAUUCCACCAUCCAAAAAAUGGAGGUGGAUAUUUAAGCCAAGCUCCACUAAAUGUUUACGGAUACCCGUUACGGCCGGGUGAGAAAGAAUGCUCCUACUAUUUGAAAACGGGGCAGUGCAAAUUUGGUAUAUCUUGUAAAUUCCAUCAUCCUCAACCGGCUGGCACAUCAUUGCCAGCAUCUGCACCUCAAUUUUAUCAACAGGUGCAGUCUCCUACUGUUCCUCUGCCUGAACAGUAUGGAGGAGCUUCCUCCAGCUUGAGAGUGGCCAGGCCUCCUAUAUUGCCUGGUUCAUAUGUGCAAGGGGCUUAUGGUCCUGUACUUCUUUCCCCAGGGGUUGUCCAAUUUCCGGGAUGGAGUCAUUAUUCGGCACCUGUAAGUCCUGUGCCAUCUCCUGGCGCUCAACCUGCUGUUGGGGCUACUUCUUUAUAUGGAGUGACCCAGUUGUCAUCACCAACAUCAGCUUUUGCUAGACCAUACACACCGCUGCCCUCUACCACUGACCCUUCAAGAAGCAACCCGAAGGAACAAUUAUAUCCCGAAAGACCGGGUGAACCCGAAUGCCAAUACUAUCUGAGAACAGGGGACUGUAAAUUUGGAUUAGCUUGUCGAUAUCAUCAUCCUCGCGAUCAUAUUGUGGCACGGCCACUUCUUAGCCCUGUGGGACUUCCUUUACGUCCGGUGUGUGAAUAACACAUUUAUUAUGCUCAGGGAAUGCUACUUGUAUUUCAAUCUUUUUUAGAAAUCAAAAUCUGUAGGUACUAUAGACAAUCUGCUCUUUUUGUGCAUUGGGCCCUAAUAGUAUUGUUGUAUCCCUGCUUAGUAUUUAACUCACCUGGCUUCAGUUGCACUAGGGUCAACAUGGGCAGCAGUCAAUCUGGAGUAAGAGAUAAUGUACAACUUUUACUUUGCACAAUUGCAGAGUCGGUCCUUGACAGCACAUGAUUGAUUUUACACACACAUGCCAUCCACACAAGAGACUUUUGGUCAUUGAAGUCCUCAUUUCAUGUCAAAAAUCAACCUUCCAAAAAGCUUGUGACACCCACAUACACAGUCCUAAUGUAAAACCAUCCAUUUACUCUAUUUUUAUUUUCAAGUUAAUAUGAUAUUAAUGUGAUUUUCUGUGUUACUUAUAUGUCUAAAAUUUGAAUAGUUAAGACAUUUCCAUUUCCAAGUAUGAAUGCCAAUAUAGUGAUGAUGUAUUUGAUGUUAAAUUUGUAGCACAGUAGUUUCAAUUCUAUCUUGAGUUUUGCAUGUUUGAUGUUGCAUUACGUUUGGGGGAAAUAUGAGAUGAAAACAUAGUAUCUGAACCGGGGCUACAGCAGAAAGGAUUUGGUUUCAUUAUUGCAUUGCAAGUAAAUUUUGAUCAUGGUCAACUAUUUUUCUGCUUAUUGAGGAAAAAUGCUAUUUAACAGAACAAUUGGAUACACGACAGAACAAGUUAUUCCUCUUGAAUUCAGGUAGCCCUGCAUGGAUUUCAGAUGCAACACCGUAUCCAGUUGUGCACACUUGUGAGUUGUGACUACAAUGCAUGUGCAAAUACAAUCGUUCACGAUGGAGUUAGCCACAUGUAGCAGCAGUCAUUAUAGCUUAUCAAAUCAUAUAUUUGUUUUUCCUCUCACUGGCUCUUGGAGUUCAGUGGCUGAUUAAAGGAUUUAUAUUAUUUGUUUGAAGCAUUAAUUUUAUGUGGAAGGAUUAAUUGUUCUUAAGCACAUUCUCAUGUUUUGUUGC